AGGCGCGGCCCGCCUGGUCUAUGCGGAGCCCCGGGGUCUGCCAUGGGGCGCCGGCUGCUCGCGGGCCUGUGGCCGCUGCACCUCGUCCUGUGGACGCGCAUCGCCGGCACGCUCCCUCCGCAAGUCCAGAAGUCGGUUAAUAAUGACAUGAUGGCCACUGAAACCAACGGUGCAGUCAAGUUUUCACAACUGUGCAAGUUUUGUGACGUACGGUCUUCCACCUGUGACAACCAGAAGUCCUGCCUGAGCAACUGCAGCAUCACGUCCAUCUGUGAGAAGCCUCAUGAAGUCUGUGUAGCCGUCUGGCGGAAGAAUGAUGAGAACAUAACACUAGAGACAGUCUGCCAUGACCCUGAGCUCCCUUACUAUGGAUUUAUUCUGGAAGAUGCUGCUUCCUUGAAGUGUAUUAUGAAGGAAAAAAAAGUGCCUGGGGAGGCUUUCUUCAUGUGCUCCUGCAGUGCUGAUGAGUGCAAUGACCACAUCAUCUUCUCAGAAGAAUAUGCUGCCAGCAGUCCCGACCUGUGGCUAGUCAUAUUCCAAGUGACAGGCAUCAGUCUUCUGCCUCCUCUAGGAAUCGCCAUCGCCGUCAUCGUUAUCUUCUACUGCUACCGUGUUCACCGGCAGCAGAAGCUGAGCCCGUCCUGGGAAAGCGCCAAGCCGCGAAAGCUCAUGGAGUUCAGCGAGCACUGUGCCAUCAUUCUGGAAGAUGACCGCUCUGACAUCAGUUCCACGUGUGCCAACAACAUCAACCACAACACGGAGCUCCUGCCCAUUGAGCUGGACACACUGGUGGGCAAAGGUCGUUUUGCUGAGGUCUAUAAGGCCAAGUUGAAGCAGAACACUUCAGAGCAAUUUGAGACUGUGGCAGUGAAGAUAUUCCCCUAUGAGGAGUAUGCCUCUUGGAAAACAGAGAAAGACAUCUUCUCAGACAUCAACCUGAAGCAUGAGAAUAUCCUGCAGUUCCUCACAGCUGAGGAGCGGAAGACAGAGUUGGGCAAGCAGUAUUGGCUAAUCACUGCCUUCCAUGCCAAAGGCAACCUUCAGGAGUACCUCACCCGGCAUGUCAUCAGCUGGGAGGACCUACGCAAGCUUGGCAGCUCCCUUGCCCGGGGCAUUGCCCACCUCCACAGUGACCACACACCGUGUGGGAGACCCAAGAUGCCCAUUGUGCACAGAGAUCUCAAGAGCUCCAACAUCCUUGUGAAGAAUGACCUGACCUGCUGCCUGUGUGACUUUGGACUUUCCCUGCGUCUGGACCCCACUCUGUCUGUUGAUGACCUGGCUAAUAGUGGGCAGGUGGGAACUGCCAGAUACAUGGCCCCAGAAGUCCUGGAGUCCAGAAUGAACUUGGAGAAUGUCGAGUCCUUCAAGCAGACUGAUGUCUACUCCAUGGCCCUGGUGCUCUGGGAAAUGACGUCUCGCUGCAACGCAGUGGGAGAAGUCAAAGAUUAUGAGCCUCCGUUUGGUUCCAAAGUACGGGAGCACCCUUGUGUGGAGAGCAUGAAGGAUAAUGUAUUAAGAGACAGAGGGCGACCAGAAAUUCCCAGCUUCUGGCUUAACCACCAGGGCAUCCAGAUGGUGUGUGAGACACUGACUGAGUGCUGGGACCACGACCCAGAGGCUCGUCUUACAGCCCAGUGCGUGGCCGAACGCUUCAGUGAGCUGGAGCACCUGGACAGACUCUCCAGGCGGAGCUGCUCUGAAGAGAAGAUUCCUGAAGAUGGCUCGCUGAACACUACCAAAUAGCUCUUCUGGGGCAGGCAAGGCCCAGUCCAAAGAGCCGCCCCUCUCACCAAAGAACAGAGGCAGCAGGAAACUGACUCUGAACUGAUGCUUCCUGGAAAAGUGAGGGUCACUCCCUCCUGAUAAGCUGUGUAAGGAGUGGAAACAGCAGCAGUAGGGACAGAUGACAGAAAGCAUUCUGUGCCUUUGACUUCGUCAUGGGAUAAGCUGUGUUAGCACUUCCUCAGGAAAUGAGAUUGAUUUUUACAAUAGCCAAUAACAUUUGCACUUUAUUAAUGCUUGUAUAUAAAUAUGGAAUAGCUAUGUUUUAUAUAUAUAUAUAUCUAUAUAUAUAUAUGUCUAUAUAUCUAUAGCCAUAUUCUGAAAAGAGACAAGGAAAAUGAUUAGAUAUUCCCAAGAAAUUGGUUUUAUUGGAGAGCUCCAGAACCUGGCAGAGAGGGCAGGAAUUCAUUACAGCAUUAGCACUUGACAAUCAUGCAUGCGAUGAGUCUCUGGCCAUUUUACAGGAGACAACUCUGCAGCAGGACAGUGAUCCCUGUCUCAGAGCCAUGCUGCACAUGCUUUUGCAAUAGCAAUUCCUUUCUUGAUAGUUUAUUUUCUGGCUACAGAGAAGGUAUAAUGGCACUGUUUGGAGACCAGUAUUUCUGGGGGUCCUGUGUGCCUUGGUUUCUCCUGGACUUUUCACUUAGUUUCCAAGCCCCACAUCUGUUUUGUGAACCUUUUUCCUCAACUGAAUUCACAAGCUCAGCCCCAGCUAAUAGCAUGCUUAAGUCUCAUCUUUUCCCUUCACAGGCAGUGGAAUAAUCAGAAAGACACAGUUCCCCAUCUGUGAAGUUGCUACAGCAUCUGCUAAUACGACUGUUCUUUCAAAUUUUUUUCACUGCACCAAUGUUACUACUGUCCACUCCUGCCCGCCCCAGGCCUUCAUCCUUUCCUAAAAUGGAAAAUCUCCCCAACUGGGGGGCGCACUGUGCUUAAACUUUUUGUCACCCUUGGCCCGAGUCUGCAGUUUCUGUGCAAACACUAAUGUGAUCCAUCUUCCUGGGUUCUUGAAUACUCAAAGCACAUUCUGGCCUGGUGGAAAGGAUUUAAACCAUACAGUUCCCCCGCUGUCCAGACUGUAAUCCUCCAGACAUUCUGUACAAAUGUUUUGCUUGAUCAACACAGUGUUUAAAAAAAAGUUGAGCCACUUUUUAAAUAUUUGGAGAUUUUGCAGAAAAAUCUGGACCCUAGAUAAGGAUAGCAAAUGGUUUCCAGGUCUCCAGACCACAUUGUUUACAAAAUGAAGGCAGAGACUUACUUCAAAAGCUGCUUCACUUCUCAGUGUAAACAUUUGUGCUUUCCACUGCCUAGCCCCAACCCUUUCCAAAGUCCCAUGGAGGAAACAUACCUUCCAGCUUUCCUUCUGUGGCUGUUUAAGAGGACUUCACCUAUCUUAUCUGGUGGUAAAAGUUCACCUUCUCUUGGAUUAAAGGGGACCUCCUCUGUAUGCGUCUCAUUAACCAAAUCUCUUGUUUAUAUGCUAAGAAUUUUCCUUUAUGCCUUAGGGAUAAAAAGCCUUACCUCCAAGAAGCUUUCCUCAUGGCUACAGAUCUCUGUGUCAGGUUAGCCUGCCCAGCCUUUGCAGAAAUUACUCUUGAGGACUUGAAUGUCGGAAGACGUCGGAGUUCUGUUUCCAGUUAUGCAAUCUGGGUCCAUAUGGAAAGGAGCAAAGGAUGAGCUUUAAUACUCCAUAGGAAACUUGUUAACAUGCAAACAAGAGUUAAUGCUGAAAGCAGCUUUUUUUAAAUGUUUCUUGAAACUACUUAUUUUUCACCAAAUAGGAAUAUUAAAGGAGGAGUGUCAGGAGCCAUGUCAGGUCUGUUUCGAAUGUGGAAGGUCUUAUCUCAUUGAGGUUUUAUGUUGUAUGCUGAGCUGGGGAUGGAAUUUCUAGGCACCCUUCUCACGGUGGUGGGUGAGAGAAGUAGGGGGCGUUUCACAGUGCCAUGGGAGCACCCAGAAAUUCCACUUGCACCUUAGGACUUGUUGAUGCCAUCCCAAAGGGCUGUUGCUCAUUGACCUCUAGUGGUGAAUUGCUAGAAUACUGGUCCAUCCAUGCGUCCAAGAUUCAAGAGUGUUCCCACUUCCUGGUCAUCAUCAGCAGAAACUGGAAUGUAAUGUCAGAUAAUACUGUGGCUUGUUUUGUCUAUGUUUUUUUUUUUUCUAACGGAAGAAAAAAAAAAGACCAAGGAAUAGCAUUCUAUAGUUCCUAAAAGUACUGACUUAUGUUCACUACUAUGCACAAAGAAAAAGUUCUAUUCUUUUAUGGAACACUUCAUUCAGCUGGACUUGUAUUAAGAUAGGAAUGUGAAAGCUAACUACUCUUUUUAUAUCAAAAAUCUCAAGCACUUAUUUUCAUUCUAUGCAUUGUUUGUCUUUUAUAUAAAUAAAAUGUUUAUUAGAUUGAAUAAAGCAAACGUCCUCAGGUGA